CUUGCUGCUUAAGCCCCACCCACCGGGAGGUCCCGGAGCCGCCCCCAUCUCCGCGCGGCACCGCCUCGGGCUCACGUCAAGAUGGCGGCUUCCACGGUGCUCGGCUGCGGCCGGGCGGCCACCCGCAAGGUGUUGCGGCUGGAGGCCCGGGGGCUGCGAGGGGCGGCUCCGUCGGCCGCGCUCUGCACCAGACCCGUGGGCUCCGGGGCGGCCCCGCCGGCAAAGAAUGUAGUGGAACCACAGGGAAGCACCAAGCUGCUAGCCAUCAAGGCACCAGCUGAAUUUCCUAAAAUGUUGUCCUCUAGCUCUCUCUUAGUAUCUGCAAACAAAGGUGAAAGCAUAUCUAGUCCUAACCUCAAGGAAGCUUCAAUACCUUCUGCUGAAGACAUGAGGAUGUUCAUGUCAAGAAAAACUGUGGUUGCAUUUCCUCAGCGAGUAGUUGUUUCUUCUGUCGAGGAGGAAAAUCUCACUACAGCUGCAACAGAAGGAGGCCUGAGGAAAGAGUUAGUUGAGGAAGAAACUUCAUCUUCUUCUAGCUCAGAUUCUAGCUCAGAUUCUGAGGAAGAAAAUGAUGAUUCAGAAGUUGCCAUUAAAACCAAAGUUGAGUUUCCUAGGCGAGAUUCCAUCUUUUCUGAAAACAUAGCAGUAAAGGCAUCUAUGGUAGCAAAAGAGAACUUGUCCCAGAAAUCCCACAAAGAAUAUGUAACUAAGAAGAAGCCGCGUAAAACGGAAACUGAUGUGUCUCCUACCAAGCAGGUCACAUUUUCUAAAACAGCAGUCAGCCAUGAAAUGUCAAAAUCCGAAGCAAGAGACCCCAAAGUAAAAUCGACACCAAAAAAGGCAAGUCAGCAGAAGCUGGUCUUAGAACCAGACAUGGUUGAAAGCCAAGACCUGAGCAGUGUCGCUCAUAAAUCUGAUUAUUUGGAUAAAACGUCCAUUGGAACCCAAGUAGCAGCUAUUCAGCUGAAAGCUUCAUCAGUGAUUCAGAAAGACAAAAAACAAAAACUUGUAUCCAGAGGAGGAGAAAAAAAGGUGAAGAAGGCACAGGAAUCAGGAGAAGUAACUGCUCAUAAACUAGAAGAAGAGACUUCUUCAAGCACGAUGUUGGUGAUGGGCACAACAGCAAAGGAGGAGACCGUUCAGGAAGCAGGAGUCCAGACUGGAGAAAGAAGCACAAUAGAGGAGACUCCAGCAGCUGCUGAGCCUGGUCCAGAAGAAUUCGAUAAUUCUACCUACAAGAAUCUUCAGCAUCACGAAUAUAACACUUAUACCUUUGCUGAUUCUGUUGUGGGUCUUUCAAAAUUCAGGCAGCCUCAGCCAUCCUCUGGAAGACCAUCACCAAGGCACUGAAAGAACCACAUUUAAAAGAAAUGCCCAAGCAGAAAGAUAAAUUGUUCUAUUUUAGCAGUGUAUUAUAAAUCAGAUAAUAAAUAAAUGCAUGAUAACUUA